AUACCUUGUGGUCAAUUAAAAAAACUGAUGAUUUUGUUAAUCAACGGCUAACACUGAAAUCAUCUUGCUGCGGCUAGCUAACACUUCUUCUCCAACCUAAUUAACGGCUCUCUCGUCUCACACUCUCUCUUACUCUCAUUGUCAUUUCUCCAUAGUCCGGUGCCUCUCCUCUGGUUCAGUUCAUUAAUGUUUAUUCGGUGAUUGGCAUCAAACUAGUUGUGUCAAGGACAUGAAAUCCAAAAGAGAACGCGACGGUGAUACUGUAAGUGUCAGUGAAGAUGGGGUUUUCGAUUCUGAUCCAAAACGGCAGAAAGUGAUUUCUCGUUCGUCCCUUUCUUCCUCAAGUCCUCCAACUGCAUCUGAGAACUCUCUUCUUCCCGGUUUUAAUUAUGGCGAUGAGGAUGAAGAUGAGGAAAAUUCGAGGCGACCGCCUUUUAACGGUCUCACAAGACGGAAUGGGGUUCCAGAAGUGGAGGAAGACGAUGAUGAUGAUUACGCACUUGACCAAGGAGGCCAGGUAAAGAGAAGCCGUGACAUCGAGAUUAGAAGGGAUUGCCCGUAUCUGGAUACCGUUAAUCGCCAGGUUUUGGAUUUUGAUUUUGAGAAGUUUUGCUCUGUUUCUCUGUCGAAUUUGAAUGUCUACGCCUGUUUGGUUUGUGGGAAGUAUUACCAAGGAAGGGGGAGGAAGUCUCAUGCAUACACUCAUAGUCUAGAAGCAGGGCACCAUGUAUAUAUAAAUCUUCGAACGGAGAAGGUUUAUUGCCUUCCUGAUGGAUAUGAGAUUAGUGAUCCCUCAUUAGAUGAUAUCCGGCAUGUUCUAAAUCCGAGGUUCACUGAGGAACAAGUUGAACAACUUGACAAAAAUAAGCAGUGGUCUAGGGCACUUGAUGGUUCUGAUUAUCUUCCUGGAAUGGUAGGGCUUAAUAAUAUUAAGGAAACUGAUUUUGUGAAUGUCACAAUUCAGUCAUUGAUGAGAGUAACUCCUUUGAGAAACUUUUUUCUCAUUCCUGAGAAUUAUCAACACUUUAAGUCCCCACUUGUUCAUCGAUAUGGGGAGCUAACCCGAAAGAUUUGGCAUACAAGGAAUUUUAAAGGACAGGUGAGCCCACAUGAGUUUUUGCAGGCAGUUAUGAAAGCCAGCAAAAAGCGUUUUAGGAUAGGGGCUCAGUCAGAUCCAGUUGAAUUUAUGUCAUGGCUUCUAAACACACUGCAUUCAGAUCUUAGAAAUUCAAAGAAAAAUAGCAGUAUAAUUUAUGAUUGCUUUCAGGGAGAAUUGGAGGUUGUGAAAGAGACUCCUAACAAAUCUAUUGCUGAAAAGAAAGAAGAUGGUGAUGAGCUGGAGGGUGUUACUGAGCGCAAUGGCAUUAUCACAGAAACUUACAGAAUGCCAUUCUUAAUGCUUGGACUGGAUUUGCCACCACCUCCUCUUUUCCAAGAUGUGAUGGAGAAAAAUAUUAUACCACAGGUCCCUCUGUUCAACAUUCUGAAGAAAUUUGAUGGGGAGAUGGUCACUGAAGUAGUCCGACCUCGUGUAGCAAGAAUGAGGUAUCGAGUUACCAGAUUACCACAAUAUAUCAUUCUCCACAUGCGGAGAUUUACAAAAAACAAUUUCUUUGUUGAGAAGAAUCCUACUUUAGUUAACUUUCCUGUAAAGAACCUUGAACUGAAGGACUACAUCCCCUUGCCAACACCUAAAGAAAACGAGAGAUUACGCUCAAAGUAUGAUUUAAUUGCCAAUAUUGUUCAUGAUGGAAAGCCCGGCGAGGGUUCCUACAGGGUAUUUGUCCAGAGAAAGUCGGAAGAAUCAUGGUACGCCAUGCAGGAUCUGCAUGUUGAAGAAACGCUUCCACAAAUGGUUGCUCUCUCUGAGACUUAUAUGCAGAUAUAUGAACAACAACUGUAACAUUGGAUUUUUUGAGUUCCAUAAUACUGUUUAGAUGGUUGGGUCAGUUAUAUGACGGCAAAGAAAAGGAAGUUCUAGAUAGUAGUGACUUUUUGGGUGGCUGAUAUAGUUCAGUGUGGUCACUGCCUCACAGCUCUCCACGAAUUUGUUAGUUAGAUCAAGAUUGCAGAGAAAAAGGAUUGGUUGAGCUAUGGGAACAUGAAAUAGAAACAAUUUUCUUUUGGUUUCUACGUCAAACCAUCAAUCUUUUAGAACAUAAAAAUCAUCCGUUCAUAUAAUUCUGUUUAAUUUUUACAAUGCCAUUGUAAUUUUCAAAUGAUGAUGCUACUACUGCACAGUUGGUUUUUAAGCAACAAUAACAAGUAAUAAUAUUUAUAAGUAAUCUACUUAUAUGUA